AUGGUGAUAGUCCAGUCAAGUUCUUCCAACAUCUUUGCUGUUAGAAAAUCCUUCAGUUUCCUUCUUUAUAACGGGGAGAAGCUGAAAUUUUCAAACCCAAAUCUUUUGCUGAAAGAGAAAAACAAAGGUUUUGAUUUCGAUGCUGUGGUGCUCGAAUCUAUGAAGCUCGAGAUGGAGAAUUUUGGAGAGAGGGGUUUUAUGAGUUUUGAUAGUGGUUUUAUGGGGAGGGCAAGGGAGGAUGAGAGCAGGGAUGGAAAUGAUAACUUGGAAAAUGCAUCAGGUUAUGAUCGGGAGACCCCUGGAAAUGGAUCAUCUAAAAGAAAGAAACAUAAUAGACAUACUCCAUUUCAGAUUCAAGAACUCGAGAAUUCUUUCAAGGAGAAUCCACAUCCUGAUGAGAAAGCUAGACAACAAGUUGGCAGGAGACUAGGCUUGGAGGAGAGGCAGGUGAAAUUUUGGUUUCAGAAUAGAAGAACUCAAAUGAAGUCCCAAGUAGAACACUAUGAACAUAAAAUUCUGAAACAAGAAAAUGACAAGCUCCGCAUUGAGAACAUUGCUAUGAAGGAAGUCAUAAGGAACCCUAUUUGUCCCAAAUGUGGUGGCUCGGCACUUCUUGGCGAAAUGCAUAUGGAGAAUAACCAUCUUAUACUUGAGAAUGCACGGUUAAGGGAUGAGCUCAAUCGGCUUGGAGUCCCAGAAAACAAUUUCAUGUCUAGGCCACUGCUGUCCUUGGCUAACCCUAUGCCUCCCAUAAUGGGCAACUCGGGAUUGGAUCUUGCGGUAGGAAGAAAUAGCUUUGGUAGUUUAAACUCCAUGGACUCAGAAUUGCCUACAGGACUUGAUUUUGGUAAUUGGGUGACCGGUGUUGAUGUUCCCUUCAACAAAUCAAUGUUUCAAGACCUUGCAUUGGCUGCCAUGGAUGAGCUGAUCAAGCUAGCCCAGCUAGAUAGUCCUCUGUGGUUCAGAAGCUUGGAUGGUAGUCGAAUUUUGAACCUCAAGGAUUAUGCUAGCACAAUUUCUCCCUGCAUUGGCAUGAAACCUGAUCAUUUUGUAACUGAAGCAACAUAUGCAACUGGUACUGUCAUUAUCAACAGUGUGGCACUUGCGGAGACAUUAAUGGAUACAAAACGUUGGACGGAAAUGUUUCCAUGCAUAAUUGGGAGAGCGUCAACUAUUGAUGUGAUUUCCGCUGGCGCGGGUGGAAACAGAAAUGGUGCACUGCAAUUGAUGCAUGCCGAGUUCCAAGUUCUUUCGCCUCUAGUCCCUAUCCGUCAAGUGAAGUUUAUUCGCUACUGCAAGCAGCAUGCAAAGGACAUCUGGGCUGUGGUUGAUGUUUCUGUAGACGCCAUCCAAGAAGGUUCAAGUGCACAUGUUGAUUGCAGGAGGCUCCCUUCAGGUUGUGUGAUUCAAGAUUUGCCGAAUGGCUAUUCCAAGGUUACCUGGGUUGAACACACAGAAUAUGAUGCCAAUGUCGUCCAUCAAUUAUAUCAACCAUUAUUGAAUUCUGGAUUGGGCUUUGGUGCACAAAAGUGGGUCGCCAGUCUACAAAGACAAUGCAAUUACUUGGCUGCAAUCACGUCCUCUACAAUCCACAGUGGAGAUCAUGCAGUAACCAAUCCAGCCGCCAGGAGGAGUAUAGGAAAGCUAGCACAACGGAUGACUCGCAGCUUUUGCACCGGUGUUUGUGCCACGGUGCACAAGUGGGAAGUUAUUCAAUCUGGAAAUGUUGACAAUACCAAGUUGAUGGUGCGGGAGAGCAUUGGUAACCCGGGGGAACCUUUGGGUACUGUGUUGAGUGCCGUGACAACUGUUUGGUUGCCAGUAUCUUGUCACCAUCUAUUUGACUUCUUGCGGAAUGAACAAACAAGAGGUCAUUGGGAUGUCUUAUCUCAAGAUGGUUGCGUGCAACAGAUGCUGCACAUUCCCAAGAGCCAAGACCUUGUCAAUAGCAUCUCUGUUCUUCGAAAUAGUGAUGCUGCCAUUGCUGCUAAUCAGAUCAGCAUGCUCAUCUUGCAAGAGACGUGCACGGAUGUUUCAGGAUCACUUGUAGUACAUGCCGCUGUCAACUCUGAAGCAAUGAGUGUGGUGAUGUCCGGGGGUGAUCCUUCUUGUGUGGCUUUAUUGCCAUCUGGAUUUGCAAUUGUUCCUGAUUGUUCUCCCGCUUCUGGUGGGCCUAUCAACUACAAUGGAGGCAGUGAUGAAGACAGUAGUGGCUCAUUACUUACUAUAGGAUUCCAGAUAUUGGUGAAUAGCUCGCCUGCUGCCAAGCUAACAACAGAGUCAAUUGACACUGUAAAUUCCCUCAUCGCUCGCACACUCCAGGGCAUCAGAGUCAGCCUCCAGUGCAACUGA